UCCCGUAGAAAACCUACAUCGUCUGGCUUUUGGCGCCUGCUCCGUAGACCAGCCGAGCUGCUCAGAAGUGGUUAUAAAGGCUGCAGACCGCGUGGUAAAGGGACAUCAUUCAUUAUAUUCCUGUGGAUUUUAGGAAGGAAAAUGGGCAAGAAGCAGAAUACUAAGCCUAAGAAGGAUACACAGGUGACGCAAGAGGAGCCUGAAGAAUUUGUUGUGGAAAAAGUCCUCGAUCAGCGAAUUGUGAAUGGAAAAGUAGAAUUCUUCCUGAAGUGGAAAGGAUUUACAGAGUCUGACAACACUUGGGAACCAGAGGAGAACCUGGACUGCCCUGAGCUGAUUUCAGCAUUUCUAGAGUCACAGAAAAGUGUCAAGGAGAAGCCUGCUCCUGUUAAGAGGAAGGCAUCCACAGAUGAGCCAGAGACAGAAUCCAAGAAGAAAGAAGUGGCUGAGAAGCCACGAGGCUUUGCUAGAAACCUCGAACCAGAACGAAUUAUUGGUGCAACAGACAGCAGCGGGGAGUUGAUGUUCUUGAUGAAAUGGAAAGACUCGGAUGAGGCUGAUUUGGUCCCAGCCCGGGAAGCCAACACUCGCUGCCCUCAGGUGGUCAUAUCGUUCUAUGAGGAGAGACUGACAUGGCAUUCCUGCCCAGAGGAUGAAGCUCAGUAACUCUUCCUUCUGGUCCCUGCUGCACCUUGCAUAGCCUCCACUCUUCCCUCAGGACUAGACUUUCUCCUCUGGCCUGCCUUCAUAGUUUUAGUUACCUUCAGUUAUUUUUUGAAAAUGUUUCAAUGCUUGCAUUGUAUAGCUGUUAACAGCUUUUUUUUCCCUCCCCUUCAUUGUACAUAGUUGAACAGACUGGGGGCAGAUGAUGAUGAUGUUGAUGAUAAUUUCUCAAGACAGAAGUCUGCCGGUAUUGUGAUUGAUCUCUAGAACCAUCUUAACUUGUCCAAAAUGUUUUAAAAUGUAAUUGGUUAGUUGAAUUUGUUAAUCUGUCAAACUUUUUCUAUCUUCUAAAUCAUAUAUGAUGCUGAGGUUAAUUUUUCUACAACAGUGUUUUGUUUCAGCAGUACAUUUUGUUUACUGUGUGUGUGUAAAUAAAGGUUUUAUGUGGCCUUA